AAAUUCACCAAUGAAAACAUGUUUUAAAUUACUUUCUCUUCAACAUGAUUAUCCAUUGCGCAAAGAAGGAAAUAAAACAAGAAGUUGCAAUAGCCAGCAGAAGACAUGGAGUGAUGGAGAAUUCUACAGUUACAUACGGCGAAUUCACAUGGAGCUGAAGAGACUGGAAAUAGUAAAAUCAAAGAAGAGAAAGCGCCGUCACCAUACAUAAACAUAUUCAAGAGAGGAGUCUGCACCAUCUGCAAGCUGCAAAGUUUUCUCAGUGGCACCUCACAAACACUAGAUCUUGCACGGAAGCUUCUCUCCCUUGAGCCUGUGGCUCUAAAUGACACUCUAACCAACUUCUCUGCCUCUCCUCCAAUCCCAUCUCGACAGCACAUCUCUUUUAAGACCACUCCUGUUUUCCCAAACCACCCACAACACAAUCCAUUUCUUUUAUUCCCCAAAUAAUAUAUAAUUAAACAACUGUUCACUCUUCUUUCCUAUUCCUUUAUUUUUCCAUAUAUAUGCACACCACGCUUUGCUUCAUACAACAAGAAGAAACCCUCACCAACACAAAAAUAGAAACUUUCUCAUAAUACCUUACCAUAAUUAUUUUCUAUGCUUCCUCUUCUUGCAAUGAACCUCCAAAUUUGGCUUUGUAGGUCUUUUUGAAUACAUUUUCCUUUCUUUUUUGGGUUCUCAAUUUUGCUUUUUCUUUUUUGGGAUCUCAAAUUUAAGGAAAGAGUGAGAAAUGGGGAGAGGUAGGGUUCAGCUCAAGCGGAUCGAGAACAAGAUUAACAGGCAAGUAACUUUUUCCAAGAGAAGGACUGGUCUGCUAAAGAAAGCUCAUGAGAUCUCAGUUCUUUGUGAUGCUGAAGUUGCUUUGAUUGUUUUCUCAAUCAAAGGAAAGCUCUUUGAGUACUCUACUAAUUCAAGCAUGGAAAGGAUCCUAGAAAGAUACGAGAGUUAUUCAUCUGCGGAACGACAAGCUGCUAAUGACUCCGAACAUCAGGGAAAUUGGUCUUUGGAAUGCCCCAAGCUCAUGGCUCGGAUUGAGAUCUUGGAGAGAAGCCUAAGGAACUUUUCAGGAGAAGAUUUGGAUCCCAUGAGUCUAAGAGAACUCCAACACUUGGAGCAACAGAUUGCUAAUGGUCUUAAACGCGUUCGAGCAAGAAAGAAUCAACUCUACCAUGAGUCCAUCUCUGGCUUGCAGAAGAAGGAAAGAGCAUUGCAUGAGCAAAACAACAUGUUAAGCAAAAAGCUCAAGGAAAAUGAGAAGACAACGGCUGAGCAAGCAAACUGCGAGCAACAAAAUCUUGGCCCGAACCCAACUUCCUUCAUGCCACCGCCGAUUCUCUCACUUCCAUCUCUAAGUAUUAGUGCCAGUGGCCCUCUCCAGACUAGAGAAUUCAUGAACGAAAAUGAAGAGGCUAGAGCUCAGAUUCACCCCGAUACACUUCAGAUCCCACCUUGGAUGCUUCGUCAUGUUAAUGAAUAGAAAACUGACUGUGGUUCACUUCAUUUCUACUGCCAUUGAUGUAUACGGUACAAAAAACUAUGAUAAAAUCGCUUCUGCAUUAGAAUAAUGUACUUAUUAUUUGAACUAUUUCAAGACUCAACCCUUACCAGAACAAAAA